AUGGACAACUCCAUCCACCAUCUCAAUCCUCCAGCGACCGCUUCGGUUAGGCUUGAUCCAGACGCGAUCUGGGUGGGAUUGAACUCAGAUACGUCCCUUAUCAGAGACUCAACUGUAAUCUUCAAAGAUCUUCCAGAUCCGGGAUGGAGCAUUGAGGAUUUCUCGGACGUCGGACAAAUCAUCCCAAUCGACUUCGCCCGUGACCCCGAUUGGUUUAGGGAAGACGAACAGUGGGCCCCGUGGAUCCCCACCUCUUUCCUUCUCACAGAGAGGCCAUGGUACGACAAAAUGGAAACAGCCAUCCCAGUUGAGGAACGCAUCGGCGGGUGGUGCAUGGCCCUUCACUUCAGGGAGGCCUGCAACAAUGACCUAGUUCAAGUUCAAGCCGGUGUCCGUGGAAUUGUUGAAAUGGACCCCCGUUUUCCCGUUAGAGCGAAAGUCCCGAAGUUCUACCCUACCCAACGACUCCAGAAGCUCCAUCUCUCAGCGAAACACGCCCAGAUCGAUGCGGCGCGAGCAAAACGAUCUGUCCUACAAGCCAUAGCCUUCAUGUCUUGGUGGACGGCAGUGAUUUCGGAUUGGGAGAGUGAUCUAUUCGAGAGCAUGAUUGAUCUUAUUAGCAGCUUCAUCACUACAGUCAAGGGGAGGAGAGGGGUUAUCUGCAACCUAGAGAAAGAUUGGAGCAUCAUCAACAUCCCUCUUUACAUACAGAACAAAAUUCCUUUUUUCUACCUCUGGGACUUCGAAGCGAGGUCCGACAAUCGCUUUAGUCGCUUGAACCCCACUUUGAACAUGACUUAUUGGUCGGUAAGGAAAGGCACACCCCUGCGGAUUCCAACCGACCUUGAAGAGGAUGAUUUGAAUAAGAUCGCGCGACACGCAAUCAAGCUCGAUGAAUUCUUUCAAGAGGUCUUUUCAUACUCGCAACCUUUCGACCCUCCCCUCUAUCAGUCUUACUCCAUCUUCGUUAUUGAUUUCGAAGGGUGGAAACGCAGACCCAUCAAAUACUCGGACGACAUGUUGACUUGUCUCUCCAAACUCUACUACUACACUACACUAGACGAAGGAGAAGGUCGAUUUAAGACUCUCCUCUUUUGGAGGUGGCGUAAGCGCAAACCAACAGACGAAUACCUUCGCCGUCAAUAUAAGCCGUCACUACCAGAACUAUGGAGGUUCAGCUACGGGCCAAAGUCAGGAAUUCUCUACGACAUCGAGACGGGCCUAACUGUCAAGCGAGCCAAUUCCGAAGCAAAACCGCCUUCAUUACUCCAACGGAUCAGCAGUACGACGACCAAAGCAAAAUUGCUAGACCGUUUAUCCGAUGGAUCCGACGGACUAGCACCCGAUGAUAUGACGGUCGACGACGAUAGUGCGGACACCAAGUCGACUAACGAAGAGUUCCUCUGCAUCCGGUUCGAAGAGCUUUCAGAUGAAUUGUACGAUCCUCGGGCAGUGAACAGCCCUGCAGCAUGGAUCCGCCAAAACGACCAAAAGUUGGAGCGGGCAAGGCGUCAAGCAGCUGACCGUCGCGGUACGGGAGACCAUCUCUUCAGCACGUAUGCUACGGGACGAAUCGGCGAAAAUAACUUACACGGAGAGCAUCUGGUCAGCACCUGCAUUCGCUUGGAAUCCGGACUAUCUGGAGAUAGUCGUCUUAGGUAUUGGGCCAAUUGCUGGAAUACGCUGGGCACCGUCAAACGUUUGCUUACGACAGCCAUCGAACACGGCAUCCGCUUCUUUCUGGCCAUAUCCCUGGACCGCGCCCGGCAAUUCAGACCCAUCAUCGUUGACAACCUCGAUCACAGCUCAGCGGCUUCACUCUACGGAACGGGUUUUCACGAGACAACUCUUUCGCCAAUGGACAACGGCACUACCUUCUGUACAGCGUACCUAGCAAGAAUGAACGACAUGCUGCGGCGCCCUCACGCUCGCGCUUUCAUUGCGGAAGGAGGGCAGUUAAGCUGGAUCGCACGCCGAUGGGCAGGCCAAAGACUGGUCGAGGAAUUUAUGUCGGGCCCAUCCAUCCAGACGACUGUUCACAAUAAAGGCUUUUACGAUUCAUCAAGCGAGGACGCCUCCUAUCUUACCCAUGACGUCGUCUCAGAACAAGAAAAAGACCUGCUUCUAGGAUACUGCCCAGGCACGAACGGAUGUAUGGGACGGUGGCUCUUUCCCCCUAUGGACAUCUUUGAGGACAAGUUCACGCUUUGGACAGGCGAAUGGAACACGGCCUUGGACCAUUGCUACUGUAGAUUAGCGGACUCCAUCGCUAGAGGGAAAGGCAAGCUUCGCACAAGAGAGAAGUGGAGGGAUUGGAUUCGGAACAAUGAACGAGGACAACGACGACCAGAUUACUUGCCUACUCUUCAAGACUUCGAGGACAUCAUGGAUGCGGAUGGAGUGACCAAGGAGCUGGAAAGUGGGGGGCUUUGUAACAGCCUUAUCAAGGGCCACAGUCGUCAAACCUUGAGUAGCUUAGUGAGGAAGAAGGAUCUGAACGACGCAUCUUCCGUGGGACUGCACCUGGAAGACGGAACGCGAAUUACGUUGGACUGUCACGUUCUUCGUCUCCGAGCGCGAUCCUCGAUCUGCGACCACUACGCGGGUCAUCACACCUCUGCUCGCCAGUUCCACAACGGCUUUCCCGCUACCCUAGUGGAUCCUACCCCAAGUAGCGGUUCACAGUCGCUUGCGUUUUUUGACCCAUGGAGUCUAGCCUGGUCAAAACGAGACCGGCAGGAUGGGCAGCCAAGUUCAACACGUCACGUGACUCGUUGA